ACCCCAACAACUCAUUUUCCCAGUACACCUUGCGAGCUUUACGUCGUUGUGCGUCAACUCCCCAGUCCCCCCACCAUCACCGUUCUACAGAGGAAGAAAGGGGGAGACGGGCAACCUAUACAGAACGCUUUCACACAAAUAUGAGCGGCAGCGGGCGGCCCAGGACCAGCUCAUUCGCUGAGCCUCCCGGAGCUCCCGGAUCCGCUGCAGCCGGUGCCGGAUCAGCAGUAGCCGGUGGAAGCUCGACAGGAAAAACUGGGGCUUCACAAGCCAGUGGAAGCAGCUCGACGAGCUUUGGGAAUUUGAAACUGCCUAGAGAUAGUGGCAAGGUGACGACGGUGGUAGCCACACCUGGCCAGGGCCCCGAUCGCCCGCAGGAAGUGUCCUAUACAGACAUAAAGGUUAUAGGAAAUGGCUCCUUUGGAGUGGUCUACCAGGCUCGCCUCAUCGACAGCCAGGAGAUGGUGGCGAUUAAGAAAGUUCUCCAAGACAAGAGGUUUAAGAAUAGGGAGCUGCAAAUUAUGAGGAAGUUGGACCACUGCAACAUUGUGAGGCUACGUUACUUCUUCUACUCCAGUGGAGAGAAGAAAGAUGAGGUGUAUUUGAAUCUGGUGCUGGACUACGUCCCCGAGACAGUGUACAGGGUGGCUCGGCAUUUCAACAAGGCCAAGACCACCAUCCCUAUCAUCUAUGUUAAGGUGUACAUGUACCAGCUGUUCCGCAGUCUGGCUUAUAUCCAUUCCCAGGGCGUGUGUCACAGAGACAUCAAGCCCCAGAACCUCCUGGUGGACCCAGAGACGGCCAUCCUCAAACUCUGUGACUUUGGCAGUGCAAAGCAGCUAGUUCGAGGGGAGCCAAAUGUGUCCUAUAUCUGCUCACGGUACUAUCGUGCCCCAGAGCUCAUCUUUGGUGCCACCGACUACACGUCCAACAUUGACAUCUGGUCGGCCGGCUGUGUGCUGGCUGAGCUGCUGCUGGGCCAGCCCAUAUUCCCUGGGGACAGUGGUGUGGACCAGCUAGUAGAGAUCAUCAAGGUCCUGGGGACACCGACAAGGGAGCAGAUCCGAGAGAUGAAUCCUAACUACACAGAGUUCAAAUUCCCUCAGAUCAAAGCACACCCUUGGACAAAGGUGUUUAAGCCUCGUACCCCACCAGAGGCCAUCGCCCUCUGCUCCCGACUGCUGGAAUACACGCCGGUGACUAGGCUGUCUCCCUUGGAGGCGUGUGCGCACGCCUUCUUCGAUGAGCUGCGCCAGCCCAACACCCGCCUGCCCAGCGGACGAGAACUGCCGCUCCUCUUCAACUUCAGUCCCGUUGAGCUGUCUAUCCAGCCCCAGUUGAACUCCACACUCAUUCCUCCUCACGCUCGUGCACAGACAUCGCCUGCCUCACAUGAGGGCAGUGUGUCAGACAGUACCGCCCAGCCCAGCUCAGCACCUGGAUCCAUCAACAACAGCACCUGAGCAUCCAUCCCUCUGUCAUCCUUUCUUUUUGUCGUCCCCAUUUUCCUUUUUCUCUCCUCUGCUCUUCUCCCUCUCAAACUUCCUCCCGGCUCCAAACCCUUAAAAUAGAAGAGAAGUAACUGUACACACCCACAUAAACACUCAGCGUUGCUAUGUUCCCUGAAUUUUAACCAUUUCAUAUAGAGAGCGAUUUCUGUGGCUGCUAGCUUCAGGAAGCUGCGGGGUUGUUUUAAGGAUAUUUAGGCGGCCAUGCUUGGGCUUAAUAUAAGCUGCAGUUCUAAGUCCGUGCUGGCCCUCAUCUGGCCCGUUGGAGUAAAGAAGCAUUGGUUGGGAUGUUUGGGAGAUGAGGAGGGGGGCUGUAUAUGUUAUGUGGAUUUUCUGUAUUAUAAUCUACAGUUGACUUUUAUCCCUUUUUAUGUUCAUUUUAUUUGCAAUAGCGUAUUUUAUGUGUGGCCGUGGUGCCAUUGAAUGGGGUCCUGAUUGGCUACGGAGUUGAGAAUGAGGGCCGUGUGUAAGGCCUGACUAAUAUUGACAAUCAACCUUAGUGGGGUCAAAAAUGGGACACUUGUAUUGUACAUGUUUGAUCGUACAACCCACUGUGUAGACGAGUGGCUUCUCUGUCACUCCAUACCCUGAACUUUACUCAAGUAUUGUCAGGUCGCCCGAUCCGAUGGUGUGGAAUUUUUUUAAAUCUCCUAGUUUGAUACCAAACAAAACGAUUUUGGCUCAUUUUAGAUAAGAGGUGGUUUUAAAUUUUAUUACAAAGGAGGGCACCACAGCCUGUCUUUAAAGUUUCUUUCUGAAUAUCGACUGCCUUUUAUGUGAAUGAGAGGGAGCAGAGUGCACUUCUUCAGUCUCUUCAGUAUAAGCUCAUGUCAUUGGUUAAGCUGGAAACCAAGCGUUUCAUGUUAUAGCACAUCUCCAAAGGGAGCAGAGAGGAAGCAAAGGGGACGAGUUACAUGUACUGUCCAGCUGUUGCAUCUCAUAUAGAAGCGUCAGUGAUGUCUCACAUGUCAUAAACACAGUUGCCUCGCACUGUAGGGUGAAAAUCACCUCAUUAAUUAUGUCACCUUACGGUGUUGAGGUUCUUAUCGACUUGAUUAUGUUUGAAGAAUCAGGUGCACAGGGUUCAGAGAGACUACUGGCCGCUUCCGCUGCUCACUCGGUUCGUCAUUAUCAUUUCAGCUUGUAGACAGUUAUUGUUUGUGCAGGAGGACGACUGAAUGAAUUUGGUUUGUCUUAAGGAUUUGUUGAAACCCUCUUUGGUCCUUCCCAAACAGCCUGCCUGUGUGACGCUCAUAUCAUGUUCUUCUUGUGGCUCUGGGAACUGAUCGUGAAUGAUUUACUCAGCCUCAACAGUCCACUGGCGGCAUGAACCAGUUUUCUUCCACAACACAAACGUGCAUGUUCAGCCCAAGUUGACCACGCUAUAUUACUUCCUCUAAUCUCAGUAAUAACCAGACCAGAGAGGAACGCUCAGACCCCUGAAACCCAACAGCUUUUGGAGCCUCCCCUUCAUUCCUCUUCGUCCUCCUCCCUCUGCCUUCUGCUUCCCUCUUUCCUCCUUUUUUCACUGCUAAACUGUAAAUAUCAAGUACCUUUUAUUUUAUUUUAUUUUGUUAUUUUUGUUAUUAUUGUUAUUAUAUUGUUGUUCUUGUAAUUUUUUUUUCUCUAGUAGACCGGCGCAGCAGCGGCCGGACUGUUUAUCCUCAGUCGCAGUCUGUAAAUACGAUUUCAUUUCAGUCCCUGGUUCAGGAGGGAAAAACAGAACAAAAUGUUUCAUUUUUAUUCUCUCUCCCUCCAUUUCUCUCUUUACGACUUUCCCUUUUCCCCCAUAAAUGUUGUCAUAACUGUUUUAUUUAUUGUAUUGUGUCUUUUUUUGGGGGGUGGGGUGGGGGACUUUUCUUUUUCCACUGGGGUGGUACAGUCAAGGGAUUAAGUUUUUUUUUUUUUUUUUUUUUAAUAUUCCAAAUUUUAGUCAAGCAAUGUCACAUGUAAACGAUUUUCACAUCCAAGAUACUGUACUAAGAUCCAGACGUUGGUGUGUGCUUUCCAAUCAGUGGUCUUGUGUGUAUGCAGGUGCACAUGUUAGCCAACAGGUGGAACUCCAGUUUUCCAUUUAACUUCAAUGUGAAGGGAAUGUUACAAGCCUCUGGAUCUGUGGGGUCGUAGUGUUGGGAGAGAGUACGGAUCACCCUCUGUGUGUGUGUGUGUGUGUGUGUGUGUGUGUGUGUGUGUGUGUGUGUGUGUGUGAGUGUGUCUGGAGGAAAUAAUGAAUCUGUCCAUUGACAUGCAUCAUCUCCUGUGUCCGACCGUCUCCUGUUUUUGCUUACUGUGUGUCGUAUGAGUGUGACCGGUCCGUCCUGUCAGUACGGUGUGUAUGCUUCUCAGAUACUUGGUGAGUUUCUUGAGCACAGUUGCAGGGAAUGUAUGUGUGUGUGUAUGUGUGUGUGUGCUGGUAGACCAUGGACAUCAUCCUCAGUACUCCUGACUUUUUUCCUAAAUGAAGAGCUGACUAAAUGUGCUAUUUUAAUGUUUAAUUUUUUUUUUCCACCUUCUGAUCUGUCACACUUUGUUUUUAAUUUGCUGUGACCUCGCUCUUUUAUCACCCUUGUCUGGGGGGUAAAAUGUCAUUGUUGGGAACAGAACGGUUGGAUAAAGGAGAUGAUGAAGAGACAGGGAUGGAGGGAGAGAGACAGUUUUUGUUUGUUGGUAUAAAUAAUUAAACUCAUUAAUAAAGUGAUGAAACUGU